AGGUUAACUGUCCCGUCUGACUUUGAAACAGUCGACUGUUCCUUCAGCCACUUUCUCCAAAUGAAUCUGUUUGUCCUUUUGAGUUGUCUGCUUUCCGUAGGGGUGCAAAAAUAUUCACAUGCGUAUGCCCCGCUGAGCGGCAAAAGAGUCCCCUUUACGUUUUCGGGGGACGUCCGUCUGAGUGACCCAAAUGUGGGGGGCAACGUAACAAGUCAAUCGUCCAGUGGAAAGGACAAAGAGGACCAUUUUCAAAAUUAUGAAUCGGACACGGAGGAAAAGAAAAAAGUGGAUUUAUCCAAAGCAAGUGUUAUAGAUUCAGUGAACAAAGCGAAUGAGGAAGUUAAGAAGCAGUACAGCUUGGAGGACUUACCAGCAUCCGGACUGAGUCAAGAGGAUGAAGAAGAGGCGAGAGAAGACAGUGAGUUUUUGUCCGACGAUUUGGAGGAAGCGGCUCAGAAUUUCGCGGAAGCCCAGAAUAAGGAGGACGGCGAAACCGAAGAGGAAGAAAUCAAUGUGAGGAAAUACCAAGCGGAGGUCAUCAACGCCAUGAGUCAGGAUACGCUUUACAAAAAGUUUGACGCAGGAGAGUUGGAAAAAAUUGAGCAGGCGAUGGAGGAAUCGGACGAAGUGUGUCUCCAAGAUUUUUCGCUUCCCUGCCCUCUUCACUUCUUCCGAACCAGUUCCGGAUGCGUCCCGUUGAGUUCAUAUGAAGGGCCAUGCCACAAGGUGCAAGACAAGCUGGUUCACUUGUAUGACCACCAGAAGGAGAGCUGGGGCGAGAUUUGUGACGCCACCUGGCCCUGCCUACCCAAGACAUGUCCGUAUGGCACAGACUACGAUGCUCCGUGUCCCAUAGGCUGGACUGACAUAGGAAAAGGAACCUGCACACACGGAGAUGCAAAUAGCAGUGCGAAUACAAGUGGCAUGUGUGAGGGAAGCAUAAACUUCUCUAACCUAUCCACUGAGAAGAAGAAAAAAAUGGAAGAAAAGUGCGGCAUCAGGUGGAGGUGCAAAUCCGUCACCUUCGAAACGAACUUCGAAGAUGUGUGCCCCCUCAAUUGGCAACAAAUUGGAGAACACAGAUGCAAAUCACCGACCGAUUAUGACGGGCCCUGUCCAAAAAUGGCUAAUUUGAAAAAGUACAAAUCUGAGGAAGGAAAAAGAAGCAUCGAAAAUGUCUGCCUCGUCAAUUGGCCCUACACCGUUACGGUGAAUCAGUACCAAAGGGAUUACUCCGCCCCGUGCCCCAUUGGAUGGUCCCCGAUGGACAAUGGACUAUGUCUAGCCCCAGAGAAUUACAAGAAAAGUGCCAAAUGCAAGGACGAAGUUUCAUUUGCUACAAUGAGUUCGGAGCAGAAAGACUCCUAUUCCACCGCGUGUGAGGUGGAUUUCCCCUUCAAAGAGAGGGACCACUGCUUGCGGAAUUACUCUUUCGCGUGUCCCCUUGGUUGGAUACCUUCCAGCAAAAGGGGUUACUGCAAAGCCCCCGUUAGCUACAAAAGCAAAAUAUGCAAAAGAUUAUACAAAUUUGAAAACGUUUCAGACAGUCAGAAAAAUUACUUGCUAAAUUUUUGUGCUAUUGAUUGGCCCUGCGAGGGGGAGAUCCAGAACUCAGUGAUUUACACGCGACUUCCCGUCGGGCAUUCCACUGAGCGACCGGAAAAAUGGGCCAGCGGUCCGGUGGACUCUGCAACGGGAGCAAUUAUUUAG